UGGAAAGCUAAUCAAAUUAGGUUUCCUGUAUUAUCCCUUAUAGCAAGGAAGUACUUAGGAAUACCCGCUUCGUCCGCCGCUAGCGAGCGUUUCUUCUCACAAGGGGCUCUUAUUAAUACUAAACUACGUAAUCGACUUAAUAAGAUCACUUUCGAGAAGAUUAUAUGUCUUAAGAGCUGG